AUUAUGCGUGCGUGAUCGUGAACCGUGCGGCGGCAUAAACAACGGCACGCAUUUCAACCGAUUGCGCUUGCUAAAUGCACAGACGUGAGCGCAUUUGCGUUUUGUGCGUUUAAAGUUUAUCGCGUUUCGUACAAGCAAUGCCUCGACAGCGCAACGGUGAUAUUACUACGUCGGAAGGUUCUCAGGAGCCGCUGAGGUUCUUCGUGCUGCCAAAUGAGUACGCGGCAGGAGACGAACAAACACACAGCAUUGUACCACUGCCACACCCAAAAACAGAGGCAUCGUCACUGUACCUGAAAGCGGACUCGGGCAAAUACCUAGAGCUAGUCAAAUUCAAGGAGAAGCGUGGAUCCUGGAUUGUUGAGGACUUUGUGGAACCAGAUGGCUCACUGUAUGUUGCCACUCCCAUGGAUCCCCUCUUCUUUGCUGUGGCUCUCUUGCAAAAGAGUAACAAGUUCCGGCCAUUGGAGGACUUUGUGGAGGACAACUCGUAUCCUCACCUUCUGAAUGUCAUUCGUUCCUGCAGCAACCGUAUGCAACACAUUGCAGACGUCAAAGAGCUGGGUGAGGACCGAGUGUACCGCUACAAUGAGUCCAAGUGUGUAGCCUGGCUUACCAAGAAGGUGAAGGCCGUUGCAACAGCGCUUGAGUCAGCCGACAUCCAGGUUGGCGCAACGUGUGUCAGUGCGGCUCUGGUCAGGAGCAAACGAGACACCAGGCCUUCAAAUGAGGACUACAUGGUGACGGCACAUUCGAUAGUGGCUGACUAUGUUCCACCCCCCUUGGGUUUGUUACUGAAGUCAUCACUGGGACUGGACAAAAAACCUGCAGCUGACAAGAAGGCAGAAGCACCAAGUUCGCCUCCACCUAAGAAACAAAGGACCGAACAGGUUGAGCCACUGGAAGACUAUAGUCAAGGUACGCCAAAGAACGGCCUCUUCAAGCCAGCCAAGACUCCAAAGUUGACAGCCAGCCAGAAAAAAUUGCAGAAGGUGGACAAGACAGGCAUGAAAAGCAUUUCAAGCUUUUUUGGCAAGAAAUGAAUGGCACAUC